UCUCAUCAGCACUUCCUACUCUUCUUCUUCUUCUUCUACCAUUUAUAGCUCACACAACGCUACCUACCUACACCUCACUUAACUGCUAUUUUGGUCUAAACCAGUUAUACCCUUUUGCAGUAAUCACUUCUAAAUGGCUGAUUUAGGCUCAGCCUCUUCCAGGAGAAUGUGGUGUUCCAUUCCUGAAAGAAUGCAGCUGCAUGUGGCCAUGCUGGCCUUGCAGUUUGGCUAUGCUGGCUUCCAUGUCGUCUCAAGAGCUGCCCUUAACAUGGGUGUCAGCAAGCUUGUUUUCCCUGUCUAUCGUAACAUCAUUGCCUUGCUUCUACUCCUUCCCUUUGCCUACUUCUUGGAAAAGAAGGAGAGGCCAGCUAUCAGUUUAAACUUUGCCUGCCAGUUCUUUUUUCUGGCACUUGUUGGGAUUACAGCAAACCAAGGUUUCUACUUGCUUGGGUUGGAGAACACAUCUCCUACCUUCGCAUCAGCAAUACAGAACUCUGUCCCAGCAAUUACAUUCCUCAUGGCAGCCAUUUUCAGAAUAGAGCAAGUGAGAUUGAACAGAAAAGACGGGCUGGCAAAGGUGGUGGGAACCCUUUUGUGUGUAAUUGGGGCCACUGUGAUCACACUUUACAAAGGUCCAACAAUAUACAGCCCAGCAACCCGUGUGAACAGCAUGAACAGCAACACAAUAACAACACCAGUGUUUGAUUUUGGAACACUCUCACUGGGAGAUGCAAAGGGAAAGAACUGGACCCUGGGAUGUUUGUACCUGAUUGGACACUGCUUGUCUUGGUCUGGUUGGCUUGUGCUGCAAGCACCAGUUUUGAAGAAAUACCCGGCUCGUCUCUCUUUCACUUCCUACACCUGUUUCUUUGGCCUCUUGCAGUUCCUGGUCAUUGCUUUGGUCCUUGAAAGAGAUGCACAGGCUUGGCUUUUCCACUCUGGUGGAGAAGCUUUCACAAUUUUAUAUGCGGGAGUGGUGGCAUCUGGAAUUGCCUUCGCUGUUCAGACAUGGUGCGUCGACAGAGGUGGCCCUGUGUUCGUUGCAGUGUAUCAACCUGUUCAAACUCUCGUUGUCGCUAUUAUGGCUUCCCUUGCUUUAGGCGAAGAGUUCUACUUGGGAGGGAUCAUUGGGGCAGUGUUGAUUGUAGCGGGACUAUACUUUGUUUUGUGGGGUAAAAGUGAAGAGAGGAAAUUUGCUAGAGAACAGCUUGCUAUUGCAUCCACUACUGAUCAUAGCAUCAUAAGGCCUGCAAGCCACGCCAAAGCAUCACUUGCUCAGCCACUUCUUUCUUCAUCAACAGAGAAUGUUUGAACCAGAAAACUCAACUUCAAACCACACCAUCUUCUGGUGACAAGAAGAGAAACAGAAGAGAAAAAGUUAUCAGUUACACAUUACUAGUCACUACUACUAUCACUACUAGUACUACCUUGUGUCAGCAAGCUUUGUGUGUGUUCCAACUUCCAACCAGUUUUUUCAUCUUUUUUUCCUUUUCUUUAUUGAUCAAAAUGCUUUUGAGUAGGUUCUUUAGAAUGAGAGAAUCGUGGGAAUGAUUGUAAUGGUGGAUGCCACUUAAAGUGGGGCCUGGAGCUUGAAAUCCUCCAUAUGCUUUUGUACGUCAAUUAAUUUAUGGUUUGAUUUACGAGAAGAAAUUUUGUUA